CACCCAUCUUGCCCCUCUUUUUACUCCUUUCCCUCUGACAGUCUGUCAUAUAAGUAGGACGUUGAGCUGCCAGCAGAGUAUCUUCUACUUCUUCUUCAUCUAUCUCCAACACUAAUAUCAACAAGAUCGUUUCUCAGAGUGGAUCUGAAUAUAACCAUGACUUCAACUACUCCCCCCUCUUCAACUCACUACCUCAUCAUAGGCGGCGGCACCGCCGGCCUCGUCAUCGCGAACCGUCUCUCCGAGAACCCCGACGUGAAUGUCCUUGUUCUCGAAGCCGGUCCGGAUCGAAGCUCAGAUACAGAAAUCCAGGAUCCAGAUGCCUGGCAUGGGCUGGUGGGGUCGGAGAUGGACUGGAAUAUGAAGUUUGCGCCUCAGGCUGGUCUCAACAACCGCGAACCAGAACACCCCGCCGGAAAAGUCCUCGGCGGAUCAUCCGUCAUCAACGGAACGGUGUACGUGCCUCCCUCGCCGGCAGGAAUAGACGCGUGGGCGAAGCUAGGAAAUACAAACUGGAAGUGGGAGACUUUGGAGCUGUAUUUGCAGAAGUCGGUGAAUGUGUCCACGCCAGACGUGGAGGUUUGUCGUGCGGCUGGCGUUGAGGUGGAGGGGUUUGGAGAAAAGGGGCCGAUCCAGGUGACGUAUCCGGUUCUUGAGGAGGAGAAGAAUCAUCCGUUGUUGAGGGCGUGGGGGGAGGCGUUUCAGGGAGAGGGGUAUGAGUUUACGAAGGAGUUGUUGGUGCAGAAGAGGAGCGUUGGGACGAGGGCGUAUGCGGCGACGGUGGAUGCGCGGUCUGGGUUGCGGAGUGGUGCAGAUCGACGGUUUGGGGUGGGGGCGGCGAAGAGGGAGAAUGUUACUAUUUUGACGGGCGUAAAGGUGAGGCGGAUUCUGUUUGAGGAGGGUUCUGAUCUUGUUGUUGCUACAGGGGUUGAGGUGGCGUUGGGUGAUGGGGAGGUUGUGACGAUCAAGGCAACUAGGGAGGUGAUUCUUUCCGCUGGUGUCUUUCAUACGCCGCAGCUGCUGGAGCUUUCUGGUAUUGGUGAUAGGGAGGUGCUGUCUAGUUUGGGGAUUCCGGUGGUGGUUGAGAAUUCCGGGGUGGGGAGGAAUCUGCAGAAUCAUCUCAUGAGUGUUCUGCCUUGUCCGCUGAACAAGGUCCCGGAACUGGAAGACGUUGCAUCCGGGGUUAAAGCGCUGGCGUUUGUCAGGCUGGACGAGGAGGUGCAGGCUGACCUUGCGGCCAGAUUCUUGUCUGGUGAACAAGGACCCGACAAAGUUCUCCGCGGCAUCCUGGAGAGCCCCAACGAGGCAUCCGCAUUUAUCCUCCUGGGUAUCUUGCCCGGUGCCACCGUGGGUAUCCUCGUCCUGAUCCCAUGCUUCCCUGCAUCCCGCGGCAACAUCCACAUCACCUCCACGGAUCCAGAUGUACCUCCCAAAAUUGACGCAUGCUUCUUCUCCCAUCCACUCGACGUGGAACUCAUGGCCCGACACGUGCAGAAACUGCAGCAGAUCCCCGCUCUCCCAGCAUUGCAGCACUUUUUCCAGCCCCCUGCUGCCCCGACUGAUCUAGAGACCACCAAAGCAUUGCUGCACGAGACUGCACAGAUCGCACACCACGCAUGCGGCACAGCCGCAAUGCUCCCUCGCGAGGCGGGCGGCGUAGUGGACCAGGAAUUGUUGGUAUACGGGACGAAGAACCUGCGUGUCGUGGAUGCGAGCGUAUUUCCGUUGACACCGCAUGGAAACCCGGUGGCGACGGUGUAUGCGGUUGCGGAGAGGGCAGCGGAUAUUAUCAAGGCUGGGUCUUCUGUCCAUUCUAGUCGAUGAUCAGGAAGGAGAUUUCAUACUAGUCUUUGCAUAAUUGAUGUUUCAUUACAUUGCACUAGUUAAGCAUACGGAAU